UUUGUAAGGCGGGGACUGCUCUAUCUAAUUCAAAAAGCAAUUCAUGAAAUCUGUUGCAUGGACUAAAUAUAAUCAGAUAUUUUGGUCGAAUUAUUGCAUCGCCUUCAGUCUUUGACAAGUGCAAAGUUUAAAUUGAAUUUGAUCGCUCAAAAUAGUUCAAAAUUUAGGCAAAAACUCAUACAAACAUACAGGUUAAACAAAUAAACCUAAUCCAACCAUUGAACAGUUAAUUUAUUACUCAGCUAUAAAAUUAUAUGAUCUUUUUUUAGUUUUAAUUACAAUUAGUAGUUAUUGAUAAAAUAUCCGUUACACAUAAUUAUUGACAAAUCAGUAUGUCAGUAGUCGUACUAGACUUCGAUUGGUAAUCAAUAAAUAACAUAAGAAGUUUGAUGGAUGUCACUUCUGUUACAUUAUACUUUACUAUUCGUUCUUUAAUCAUUUUAAAUAUGAACGUUAUUGGUAAUGCGGUUUUUAUUUUAUGGUUUAUGUGUGGUAACAAGCUAGAAGCUAGUAAAAAUAAUCUAACAGGCGUAUUCGUGUUUCCUAAAGAUGUAAAAACCAAAUCUGUAUCCAGAAUAAUGGGGGGAGAAAACGUUUCACCUCCUCACUCGUAUCCAUAUCAAGCAGCUCUACUAGCAAUCACUUCAAGAAAGGAAACUUUUUGCGGUGGCACACUCAUUGACAGAAAUUGGAUUUUAACAGCUGCCCACUGCGUAAACGACAAUUUUUUGUAUGCACAUAUUUUAUUGGGAAGUCACGAUAUAACCAAUACCCAAGAAAAGGGACGCCAAGUUUAUUAUAGCGACAAAGUUUAUGUGCACGACGAUUUAGAUCUUGUCACUUUUCAAAACGACAUUGCUUUGGUUAAACUUUCGCAAAGCGCUAGAUUGAAUAAUUAUGUAAAUUUGGUUAAAAUCAGUUCGGAUUCAGAUACUUAUGUUGGAAAAACCGCAACUAUCCUUGGAUGGGGAGCAACAGAAUUUACAAGCAUUUCUAAUAUUUUAAAAAAAGUAGAAGUAACUGUAUUAUCGAACGAUGACUGUAAAUUCACGAAUAACGUAUAUAAUUCAGUAAUUCAAAAUACUCAUUUGUGCACCUCUGGGGUGGGUACUAAAGGAAUUUGUGAUGGAGACAGUGGAGGACCUCUUAUAAUUGAUAAUAUUCAAAUCGGAGUAGCUUCCUUUGGAGCCAGUGAUUGCGCUGGAACUCCAUCUGUAUUCACUAGAGUAUCUAAAUUCAAUGAUUGGAUUACUUACACAAUAUUAAACAAGAGUAACAAAGUGUUUAUCAACUUUAUUCCAUGUUAUAUUUCAACAUCAUUUUCGAUCAAUUUGUAUCAAAACGAUUUUGUAAAUACAUUCACUUUAUACCAGGGGCGUCCAAUCGAACACACCGUUAUACUGCUAGACGUUAGUGGAAGUGAUCUUUCAGACAUAUUCGUGUUUCCUAAAGAUGUAAAAACAAAAUCUGUAUCCAGAAUAAUGGGCGGAGAAAAUGUUUCACCUCCUCAUUCGUAUCCAUAUCAAGCAGCUAUAUAUACAACUACUUCAAAACAGCAAUCUUUUUGCGGAGGCACACUCAUUGAGAAAAAUUGGAUUUUAACAGCUGCCCACUGCGUAAAUGACAAUUUUUUGUAUGCAACUAUUUUUUUGGGAAGUCACGAUAUAUCCAAUACCCAAGAAGAAGGACGCCAAGUUUAUUAUAGCGACAAAGUUUACGUGAACGACGGUUUUGAUCCGGCCACUUUACAAAACGAUAUCGCUUUGAUUAAACUUUCGCAGAGCGCUACAUUGGAUAAUUAUGUGAAUUUGGUUAAUAUCAGUUCGGAUUUAGAUACUUAUAAUGGAAUAUCCGCAACUAUCCUUGGAUGGGGGACAACAGAAACCACAAGCGUUUCUAAUAUUUUAAAAAAAGUAGAAGUAAUUGUUUUAUCAAACGAUGAAUGUAAAUCCACCAAUGAUGCAUACAAUCUAGUAAUUCAAGAUACUCAUUUGUGCACCUCUGGGAUGGGUAUUAAAGGAAGUUGCACUGGAGACAGUGGAGGACCGCUUAUAAUUGAUGAUAUUCAAAUUGGAGUAGUUUCCUUUGGACCUAUUGAUUGCGCUACAGGAUAUCCAUCUGUAUUCACUAGAGUAUCUGAAUUCAAUGAUUGGAUUACUUAUACAAUAUUAAACAAGAGUAACAAAGUGUUUAUCAACAUUAUUCCAUUUUAUAUUUCAACAUUAUUUUCGAUAAGUGUAAAUUUUUUAAAAUACAUUUGGUAA